AUGGACUACGAAGCUCUUAAGGAGCAAUGGAGCGAGGUCGAGGACCGUGAUGGAGUUCGCCUGAGUUGGAACGUGUUUCCUAGCUCUCGUAUGGAAGCAUCGCGCUUGGUCGUGCCGAUUGGGGCCAACUACACUCCUCUCAAAGAAAAGCCCGACACACCACUCCUCCAAUUCGAACCGGUGACUUGCAAGCAACCUUGUCGCUCCGUCCUCAAUCCUUUCUGCUCUGUGGACGUAAGAGCCCGUCUUUGGAUUUGUCCGUUCUGCCUAUCGCGGAACCCUCUUCCGCCCCAUUACAAAGAUAUCACCGCCAAUGCCAUCCCCCCCGAACUUCAUCCCUCCAACACUACGAUCGAGUAUCGGCUCUCGCGGCCGGCGCCAAGCCCUCCCAUCUUCCUCUAUGUUGUCGACACCUGCCAAGAGGAUGAUAGCCUGGCUGCGCUCAAGGAGUCAUUGGUCAUGAGCCUGAGCCUGCUACCCGAAAAUGCACUCGUUGGCUUAAUCACAUAUGGCACGAUGGCACAAGUUCACGAAAUCGGCUACACUGAAUGCGCGAAAUCCUAUGUGUUCCGCGGGAGCAAAGACUACUCCGCGAAGCAGGUGCAGGAGAUGCUCGGCUUGCUCUCCCCAGCAAUGCGACCCGGCAUGCCCCAGCAGCAGCCUGGAAGGCCUAUGCCCGCAGGCCCUGCGUCGAGAUUUCUGCUACCCGUUCAGCAGGCCGAGUUUCAGCUGACGAAAGCUUUGGAGCAGCUUCAGAAAGACCCAUGGCCCGUAGCCAACGACCGCAGGAGUCUGCGCUGCUCCGGCGUUGCUCUCAGUGUCGCAGUAGGACUCCUUGAGUCUUCAUUCCAACACGCCGGUGGCCGCAUCAUGCUCUUCGCUGGUGGACCGGCGACAGAGGGACCCGGCAUGGUAGUUGGCCCGGAACUGAGAGAGCCCAUCCGAUCGCACCAUGACAUUGACCGUGACAACAUCAAGUACUACAAGAAGGCACUCAAGUUCUAUGACAUCCUGGCCAAGAGGACCGCUCAUAAUGGCCACAUCAUUGACAUAUUCGCGGGUUGUCUUGAUCAAGUCGGUCUCUUAGAGAUGAAGGGCCUCUGCAAUUCCACCGGUGGCCACAUGAUUUUGACCGACAGUUUUACUUCCUCUAUGUUCAGGCAGUCGUUCAUUCGCGUGUUCGAAAAGGAUGGUGACGACAACUUGCUCAUGGGCUUCAAUGCUACGCUCGAAGUACUCACCACUAAAGAGUUAAAGGUUACUGGACUGAUAGGCCACGCCAUUUCUCUUAACAAGAAAUCGACAUCAGUUGGAGAGACGGAAUGUGGCAUAGGCAACACAUGCUCAUGGAAGAUGUGCGGCAUCGACCCCAACGCAAGUUACGGCGUAUACUUUGAGAUUGCAAGUCAGGGAGGCCCUACGCAGCAUCAGCAAACGCCACAGAAGGGCAUGAUCCAAUUCCUCACCUACUACCAACACUCGUCCGGUCAAUUCCAUCUGAGGGUUACGACAAUUGCCAGAAACCUCAGUGGACCAGCUGGCGAUCCGGCUAUUGCACAAUCGUUCGACCAGGAAGCUGCUGCUGUCCUGAUGUCUCGCAUUGCAGUGUUCAAGGCCGAAGUUGAUGACGGUCCGGAUGUCUUGCGCUGGGUUGACAGGAUGCUUAUCAGACUCUGCUCCCGCUUUGCAGACUACCGGAAAGAUGAUCCAUCUUCCUUCCGGCUCGAGAAGAACUUUACAUUGUACCCGCAGUUCAUGUUCCAUCUCCGGAGGAGUCAAUUCCUACAGGUCUUCAACAACUCCCCCGACGAGACGGCCUUCUAUCGCCAUGUCCUUAACCACGAGGACGUAAGCAACUCGCUCAUCAUGAUACAGCCCACGUUAGACUCGUACACGUUUGAUCAGGAGGGUGGCCAACCUGUGUUGCUGGACUCGACUUCUAUUCAACCCACCCAUAUCCUUCUUCUCGAUACCUUCUUCCACAUUCUCAUUUUCCACGGGGAGACGGUCGCCGAGUGGCGCAAGGCGGGAUACCAGGACCAAGAGGGCUAUGAAAACUUUGCAUCUCUGCUCGAGCAGCCCAAGGAAGACGCAAGAGAUCUCAUCACCGAUAGAUUCCCACUUCCUCGAUUCAUUGUUUGUGAUGCUGGAGGUUCUCAAGCCAGAUUCCUUCUGUCGAAGCUCAACCCGUCGACCACCCACACUACCGGAGCUUAUGGCGGUGUGGGUGCGCAAAACGCCCAGACUAUCUUCACUGAUGAUGUGUCUCUGCAAACCUUCAUGGACCAUCUCAUGAAGCUGGCCGUAAGUGGCACAAACUAA